GCCCCAUCGUUGGUGUCAGUGGGGGGGAGGAAUAGUGCCCCAUCGUUGGUGUCAGGGGGAGGAAUAGUGCCCCAUCGUUGGUGUCAGUGGGGGGGAGGAAUAGUGCCCCAUCGUUGGUGUCAGUGGGGGGGAGGAAUAGUGCCCCAUCGUUGGUGUCAGUGGGGGGGGAGGAAUAGUGCCUCAUCGUUGGUGUUAGUGGGGGGAGGAAUAGUGCCCCAUCAUUGGUGUCAUGGGUGGAAUAGUGCUCCAUCAUUGGUGUCAGUGGGAGGAAUGGUGCCCCAUCAUUGGUGUCAGUUGGAGGAAUGGUGCCCCAUCAUUGGUGUCAGUUGGAGGAAUGGUGCCCCAUCAUUGGUGUCAGUUGGAGGAAUGGUGCCCCAUCAUUGGUGUCAGUUGGAGGAAUGG